AGACAUCCCCUUGGAUUGUGCCGUCUUGGUGAUUUUUCUCACUUCCUGAAACAGGAGGGCUCUAACUCCGGGAGGACUUCUGUAAUGGUGUGUGAGGACUGACUCCCAGAACCCUGCCUGACCUCUGACCUGGCAGCAUGGGCAGGAUCAGCCUCUCCUGUCUUCUUCCUGCUUCCUGGCACUUCAGCAUCUCUCCAGUGGGGUGUCCCCGAAUUCUGAACACCAACUUGCGCCAGAUUGUCGUCAUUGGCGUUCUGGCUGCUGCCGUAUCACUUUUAUACUUCUCUGUUGUCAUAAUCCGAAAUAAGUAUGGGCGGCUCUCCAGAGACAGGAAGUUUCAAAGGUACUUGGCACGAGUUACUGACAUCGAAGCUACCGACACCAAUAACCCCAACGUGAACUAUGGUAUCGUGGUGGACUGCGGCAGCAGCGGGUCUCGGAUAUUUGUCUAUUGCUGGCCGAGGCAUAACGGCAAUCCUCACGAUCUGUUGGAUAUCAGACAGAUGAGGGAUAAAAACCGAAAGCCUGUGGUUAUGAAAAUAAAACCCGGCAUUUCAGAAUUUGCUACCUCUCCAGAGAAAGUCAGUGAUUACAUCUCUCCACUCUUGAACUUUGCUGCAGAGCAUGUACCACGGGCAAAGCACAAAGAGACCCCUCUCUACAUUCUCUGCACAGCUGGAAUGAGAAUCCUCCCUGAAAGCCAGCAGAAAGCCAUUCUUGAAGACCUUCUGACCGACAUCCCUGUGCACUUUGACUUUCUGUUUUCUGACUCUCAUGCAGAAGUAAUUUCCGGGAAACAGGAAGGUGUGUAUGCUUGGAUUGGCAUUAAUUUUGUCCUUGGACGAUUUGAGCAUAUUGAAGAUGAUGACGAGGCAGUUGUGGAAGUUAACAUCCCUGGUAGCGAAAGCAGCAAAGCCGUCCUCCGUAAGAGAACAGCCGGUAUUCUCGACAUGGGAGGCGUGUCGACCCAGAUAGCGUACGAGGUCCCCAAAACUGUAAGCUUUGCCUCCUCACAGCAGGAGGAAGUAGCUAAGAACCUGCUGGCUGAAUUUAACUUGGGAUGUGAUGUUCACCAAACUGAGCAUGUGUACCGUGUCUAUGUGGCCACGUUUCUUGGGUUUGGUGGCAAUGCUGCCAGACAGAGAUAUGAAGACAGAAUAUUUGCCAGCACAGUUCAAAAGAACAGGCUCCUGGGGAAACAGACUGGGCUGACUCCUGAUACUCCAUACCUGGACCCCUGCCUGCCCCUGGACAUUAAAGAUGAAAUCCAGCAAAACGGUCAGACGCUGUUCCUGCGGGGAACAGGGGACUUUGACCUGUGUCGAGAGACCAUCCAGCCUUUCAUGAACAAAACGAACGAGACGCAGACCUCCCUCAAUGGGGUCUACCAGCCCCCUAUUCACUUCCAGAACAGCGAAUUCUACGGCUUUUCCGAAUUCUAUUACUGCACGGAGGAUGUGUUGCGGAUGGGGGGCGACUACAGCGCCGCUGCAUUCACUAGAGCCGCGAAGGAUUAUUGUGCAACAAAGUGGUCGGUCUUGCGGGAACGCUUCGACCGAGGACUGUAUGCCUCUCACGCCGACCUCCACAGGCUCAAGUAUCAGUGCUUCAAAUCUGCCUGGAUGUUUGAGGUGUUCCAUAGGGGCUUCUCAUUUCCCAUCAACUACAGAAGUUUAAAGACAGCCUUGCAAGUUUAUGACAAGGAGGUUCAGUGGACCCUCGGAGCAAUCCUCUACAGGACCCGCUUUUUACCCUUGAGAGACAUCCAGCAGGAGACCUUCCGGGCCAGCCACGCGCACUGGCGGGGCUUCUCCUUCGUGUACAAUCACUACCUGUUCUCCGGCUGCUUCCUGGUGGUCCUGCUCGCCAUCCUCCUCUACCUGCUGCGGCUGCGGCGCAUCCACAGGCGGGGCCCCCGCGGCGGCGCGACCGCCACCCUCUGGCUGGAGGAGGGCCUGCCCUCCCAGAAGAUCGCGGGUACCUUGUGAACCAGACUCACAGCCCCCGGAAGACUCUAAAGGAAAAGCCAUUUUUGCCUCAGGGUUUCUCCUCUUCCUUCUCGUGUGGUGGUUUUCCUUCUCCCUUUUGGUUUCCCUGAAACAAAAACAAAGUCCAUUGUUCGUAAACUGUGCUGCCCUAGAAGUACUGCUGUUAGCCGUUCUGUGUGCGGCUUUAAACUGAGGAGUAGGAAAAAGGGAAAGUCACUUCGUUUUUGCUGCAUAGGACACAUGCCAAGAAAUCACUCUGACACUGGAGGGAAACGCCAAGGCUGCUUUCCGCCAGCGGGGUGGGACGGCGGGGGUGCUUUCGCAGAACCAGACACCGACUGACUGAACUGAAAUCCUCUUUCUCCCUCUGUCCUGAAAGCACUAACCUGAAGAGGUGCUGUGUAGUUUUACUUACUGUUCUGGGCUGUUGCUAUUUGUUUUCUUUGCAGGUUUAAAAAACCAAAACCAUUUAUAUCCAACUUAGAGAGAUAUUGGCACCGGGAGGGAACGGUGUUUUAAACUGAGAGUGCAGAGACCUGAAAAAUAGGAAGUAACGACCAGAGCGCUGUGUGUGUGUGUGAGAGAGAGAGAGAGAGAGAGAGAGAUGCUGAUGAAAGAAAAUGAGGCAACACAGUACUCUUACUUUUAAAAGCACACACUUCAGAAUUCAGUGUUUCAUUUCAUUUCGUUUAGAAAAAUCAGUCCCCAUUACUGUUGUCUUUUCCUGAUCACAGGUACUUUCUUUACCCCGUCUUUCAGCAGCCUUAGAACACUGUGUGUGUGAGCGAGUUGGAAAAUUCAUGGUCUCGCUGGUUUCGGUGCUCGUAGAACCAGAGCUGGUACACGCCAGUAGGCACGUCAGGAUUUCUCGGUAGAAUAUUUGUGCUUGUUGGGUUGUGUCCAGUUUCUUCAUCUUCAGGUUGGUACCCACCCCACUGUUACUUAUCAAUUGUCUCAGCAGUUUUACCUCGGAGACCCCACGCUUAGCCUGACAGAGUCUCCUUAUUACCUUGUGGUUGAGGUGGUGUCGGCAAUUCCACUGUAAAUCCGACCAAGAGAAGAAUUUCAUCCGAAAAAAAAAUCAGCUCACAUUUUGAGGAUAACAAGUUUGACAGUUUAAACAAAAACCUAAAAAGGACAGCUGGAUUGAUGUGUGUGUGAUUGGUUGUUUUUCAUCUAUUCAUUUAGUUUAGAAGCUUCGGGAAUUCUCAUACAUUAUUUUUAGGUGAUACUCUUUGCGUGUAUGUGUGUGUGUGUGUGUGUGUGUGUGUGCACGCACACGUGCACACUAUUUCCUAACUCCAGAACAGCUAAAUUCAUCUAGUUGGUAGCAAAUGUAUAUUUUGAGAACCAUCAGCUGCUUUUUUAAAAAAAUUACUGGUGAGAGAAAGAAUUCUGAUUCUGAAGCCCUUAUUUAAUUUAGAAAAAAAUUGGAUUUUUAUCUUGAUUAUUAACUACUUAAAAAAUAUGGCAUACUGUAUAUUGAUGGCUUAAAAGAUUACAAAUUUAUGAAAGAAAUGCAGAUCCUCUUACUCUGCUCUUCAAAGUGAGUAUUCUGACAAUGGAAAAGCUUUUGGUAGACAGUUUACCUCUCAAAUACAAAAAGCAGCUUGGAGGAGCUGUGUGAUGUUACAGCAUCUGAUGUGUAGAAAGACUUGUUUCAGAGAGGGUGGAGACAAAUGUGUCUCGAAAAGUCCAGCUUCUUUAAAUGCUGGUCCCCAGCUGUUUAGACCCUCGGUCCCUGGUAAACACUGUUCCUUAACAAGACGCAGCCGCACAUGGAUGCCCCAGAGGCAGUGAGCUGGCCUGCUUCUCCUUGACUUCUUACAGGGGUUUGCCCUGGGGGCUGUGGGUGGCGUUAGUGGUGAAGAGGAAGGAAGUUUACAUACUAGCUUUUCUACCACCAGCCAUUUGGAGUAGUAAGGCCCUAACCUGCAGAAUGAAAAUUUCCCAAUGCCUAGAGUAUGUGAUUUUGCCUUUCAAAUCAAGGCAAGGAGAAGCCAGCACAGGCUCAGAUUUAAAUAGGCCUUAAUGAAGACUUCCUACUAUAAAAAAACGCUUCUUAAAUCAAGGAUGCUCAUCUGGUCCAGCUCUGUACUAUUCGGGGAGCGGAGUAGAGACCAGCACGGAAGACCCAAGGCUGAGCACUCCCCUGCCAGGACCUACCUCACUCCCCAAAAGAAGUCCCCAGAUGAGGGUUCCAAGGCCCCGUGGCCUUGUGCUCUGCACAGUUAGGUGCCAUGUCCUGCACAGGGCAAGUCUAGGAGACCCUUGAGCCGAGAACAGUGUUCCAGUUUUUAAAGGGUCAUUAAAGAAAGAAAAAUAAAAAGUGAUGGAAAACUAAAAAGCAACAGGGACUACGUGUGAUCUGUAGAGCCUCAAAUAUUAACUAAAUGUCCCUUCACAGAAGAUGCUGCUGACCCUGCACAAAAAGUCUGUUCAAGAACAGGUUCAUAGCCCCAUCCUCUUCAUUCCGGAAGGUCGCUGCCACUCGUGGGCACAAAGAGAUGGGCAAGAACAGUGACCAGACUUCAAUCUUAAAAUAGUUGUUUUUGCACCAGAAUUUCACUUGUUAUCUUUUCCUCUAGAUUCUUUUCAAGAUCAGUUUUCUAAUAAACCAGGAAAAAUACUGCCCCCCACCCCCCGCCAGCAAUUUUAAACAUGCUGUUCAGGGCUCACUACAUUGCGUUGAGACGUCUGCAGUCACGGAAAGGUCUCGGUAGUUUUUCACUGCCUGGUACCACUGGCGGGAAGACCGCCAGGAUUUCCUCUCCGUGACGCAGGCGCGGGCUGGGGUGAGAGGCUGCAGGAAUGGGCUUAACUUAGGAAGCGAAGAACUCAUCUCCAUGAAGGGCAGGCCAAGAAAGCAGUAAAAUCUGAACACUUUCAGCAAUAGGAGGCAAAAGAAGUUGGACUGGUGGGGACUUGUUAAGAGCCUGGCAAAGAGACACGUGUGUUAAUAACUCUUGGUGGAAAGACGCCUACUGCUGCUCCUCAAGUCUCCGGAGGACGCUCUCAGGAUUUUACAGUCCAUUGAAGGACAUCACGUGAGAAGUAUAGACUGAUUUGUUACCAGUGGUUUAUGCCCGUUUUCACCCUAGACUGCUUUCAGCCGCGCUGCCCACCCCGGGGGUAAACUGAAGAGGCGACCGUGGCUCGGCCUGGCCACCUGGAGGCCCAGAAGGCCGCCUGCUCACCACCUGUUGUCACAGCUGUGCGCCCAGGUGGGCAAGCUCUGGAUGAACAGAUAUUUGAAUUUUAAACUCAGGCCUAUGGAGGAUCCUUUUCCUUGUAAGAAGCCUGCACCACUUAGCAAGAAACUCAAAAAGGCAAGCGUGUUUUCCAAGCUUUCAAAAAAAAAAUCAGCUUUAGAAUUUUGUGUGGUAACGUGCAAUGCAGCAGAACUACCUAUAAGUUAAACUAUUUAUUUAUUUCUCUUCCAGAGUAUUGUUUUUAUUAGGUUGAUUUUUCCCUUCAGUAGUGAAUGAUGUGACCAAUCAAGGAGACCUCUUUGUUCUGCUAACUCAGACUUGAUUUUACAGUUGGAAAUUGUAUCAACCAAGGGAGAAUCUUUAAAUGUUUUUUAUUUGAACGAUGUUUUCCAUUCAAAGUAAGAAUACUUAUUUUGGGGGAUGGUUGUGAUGUCCCUCCACUUUCUACAUUUGGCAGCUUCAUGUUGUCACACUCCACACGGAUGGGUGUUAAGAAUCAAUAAAAUGGAUGUUCAUCCGCUGGCCCAUAGACUCUGUGUGAACUGCUCUCUUGUGAUUUAAAUAGGUUUUUCUCUGAUGUCUGAAUCUUGGUACAUGUUAGAAUGUUUAAUUGAACUUAAAUCUAAAUUCAGUAAAAUAAAUUGUCUGAGUCUGACUACGCACA